AUGGAAGAUACAUAUCAUCAACAGUAUCAAUACCAACAACAACAACACCAUAGUAAUCAUCAUCAUCAAAACAAUAACAAUAACAAUAGUGGUAAUAGCAAUCAUAGUAGUGGAAAUAACAGUAACAGCGGUACCGCUAAUAACUAUCGAACUAUAACAUGUUGUGGUAAUAGUAAUUCAAAUACUGGUUGGGGUGCAAGAAGUGUAGAUCUCUAUGAGAGAAUCGAACAGAUCGGUGAAGGUACUUUUGGUCAAGUAUAUAAAGCAAAGAAUAAGUUAACAGAUGAAGUAGUUGCAUUAAAGAAGGUUUUAAUGGAAAAUGAAAGUGAAGGUUUCCCAAUUACAGCAAUAAGAGAGAUAAAGAUAUUAAAAGAAUUAGAUCAUAAGAAUGUUGUUAAAUUAAAAGAGAUUGUAACUUCAAAGGCAUCGCCUGCCAACAAUGGAAAGGGUAGUGUUUAUAUGGUGUUUGAAUUCAUGGAUCAUGAUUUGAACGGUUUGAUGGACAGUCCUGUUUUCAAGUUCUUCCAACCAGAUCAAGUUAAAUGCUACCUAAAGCAACUAUUAGAGGGUUUAGAUUAUUGUCAUAGAAACAAUGUAUUACAUAGAGAUAUUAAAGGAUCAAAUUUAUUGUUAAACAAUAAUGGUAUAUUAAAGUUAGCAGAUUUCGGUCUAGCAAGACCCAAUAACAACUCUGAUCCAAACAAACAAUUGACAACGCGUGUUAUCACUCUUUGGUAUAGACCACCAGAGUUACUACUCGGUGCUUUUCACUAUGGUCCUGAGAUUGAUUUGUGGUCUGUUGGUUGUAUAAUGGCAGAAUUAUUAGCAAGAAAAACAUUAUUCCCAGGAAGAAGUCCAAUCGAUCAGUUGGAUAAGAUCUUCCAAUUGUGUGGUACUCCCACCGACGAAAACUGGCCUGGUGUCAAAGAUUUGGAAUGGUGGAAAGUAUUGAAACCAAAGAAGGAUCAAAAAAGAAUAUUAAGAGAAGAAUUAACAAAGAAUUAUGAUAGUACUGUGUUUACACCGGAUGCUUUAGAUUUAUUGGAUCGAUUGCUAUGUUUGGAUCCAAAGAAGAGAAUAUCGGCAUCGGAUGCAUUGGAUAGUCCAUAUUUCUGGACGGCACCAUUGCCUUGCGAUCCUGUGUCUCUACCAAAGUAUCCAUCUUGUCAUGAAUUUAAAACUAAAAAGAAGAGACAACAACAGCAACAGCAACAGCAGCAGCAGCAACAACAACAACAGCAACAACAACAAAACGAUCCAAACAAGAAACCGAGAAACGAAAACUAUCAUCCACCUCAAAACAACUAUUCACAGCAGCAAGGAGCCAACCCACAGAACAGACAACCCAACUCGAAUAUACCAUAUAAUGCAGGUGGUGCACCACCUGGUAGUGGUCAAAGAGGAGGAGGUAAUCAACCACGGCAGUCAUAUCCACCACCUCAGCAACAACCAGGAGCUAACCCACCACCAUAUAAAUCACAUGUACAACCACCACCUCCAUAUCACAGCAGCAACUCAAAGAACCAACCUGAUCAAAGAAGAUAA